GCAGGAUGCUGGGGUGGGGGGGGAAGGGUGGAGCCAGGGCCACUUCCUUUCCCCUUGGGGCCCGUUUGCCCAGUCCUGCCCCAGCCUCAGGAGGAGUUAGAGCGGCCUGGCCCCAGCCCUGUGCCCUUAUCAAGUGAGCUGAUCCUGCCUCCUGCUCAUGCCUGUGGUCAUGAAAAUGACUCUGCUUCUUCUCCUCUUUGGGAGUGUCUGGGCCGAAGAUCUGGACAUGACUCCAUCCACACAGCCCACUCUUCCUGGGGUCUCAGCUACGCAUCAGACCCUAACUCCUAACUCAAUGACCUCCCACCAUACAGUAACAAGCGUCCUUGGGGAAAAUAACCAGAUCACGCAUCAGGUCAUCACACCUCGCCAUGCAACCAGUGACACGUCCUUUCUUGAGACUUCUACUGCUAACAGCUAUGGCCCCUCCUUAUCUGAGCCAGCAAUCUCCCCGGAACCUCUCACCAACAAAUCAAUGGUCCAGGACAUCUCUACUAAAACCAGUAACCCUGCUGUCCUAGCAGUGUCUGCUUCGGGAGGCUUCAAUAUGACUGGUGGAACCAACGCAACUAGAUCUCUGGAGGCAUCCAAUGGGACCAAUGAAUCCACUGUCGCCAUGGCAACUGCAUCUCCAGAGGCAUCCAGUGGAACCACUGGAUCCACUGUCGCCAUGGCAACUGGCUCUCUGGAGACAUCCAAUGGAACUGGAUCCAUUGUGACUACGAUAGCUGGACCUCUGGAGUCCUCCAGAGGGACCAUUGGACCCUCUGUCAUCAUGACAAGUAGCUCUCUGGAGACUUCUGAUGGGACCAGUGAACCACCUAUCACCAUGGUAACUAGAACAGUAGAGAUCUCCAAAGGGACCAGUGGACUCCCUGUCACCAUGACAACUAGCUCUCCGAAGACCCCCAAGGGGACCAGUGGCUCCCCCAUCUCCCCCAUCUCCACGGUAGAAAUAUCCACCAUACCUACCUCAGAGCCCCUAGGUUCAUAUAAGGGGACAAAAAACACCCUGCUGAUGGCUGUGCUUGUGGCCAUGCUGGUGGUGAUUGUCCUCCUGGCAUUACUCCUGCUCUGGCGCCAGCGGCAGAAGCGGAGGACCGGGGCACUGACGCUAAGCAGAGGUGCAAAGCGCAACGGGGUGGUAGAUGCCUGGGUGGGGCCCGCCCCGGUGUCUGAUGAGGAGGCUGUGAUAACAACAGUGGGAGUGUCCGGUGGUGACAAGGGCUCUGGCGUCCCCGGCGAGGGUUCUGGCCGGCGGCCCACGCUCACCACUUUCUUUGGUCGAAGGAAGUCUCGCCAGGGCUCCUUGGCCCUGGAAGAGCUCAAAGCUGGGUCAGCCUCCAGCAUAAAGGGGGAAGAAGAGCCUCUGGUGGGCAGUGAGGAUGAGGUUCUGGAGUCCCCCAUUUCUGAUGGGCCAGAAGCGGGAGACGCGGAAGUCGUUUAGAGCCCGUGAACACCAAGCCUGGCGGUCAGAAUCAUUUCUCGCUUUCAUCACCAUCCUUCUAAUCUUCACUCCAAGCUCAUCAUCUCUCAGCAUCCUCACUCGGAAUCCUCAUCCCCCCUCUUAACCUGGGAACCCCCAGCAGCCCCCACACCCAACACGGGCCCCCAGCCCCGAAGCCAGGGCCUGCACCCACGGGAACAGCCUCAUCAACCCAACUUCUCUCCAUCACAUUUUGGCCGAUGUUUUUAUCCUUGAAACCGGAUGUUUGGUCUCCAUAAUGCCAUCCUUCCUUGACUUACAAUUUCUCAGAGGAUUCCCCCAGGAACAGCAGAAUCUGGGAAGAAGAAGGAAAGGACCAGCCAGCAAACUCCCACUUAGGAUUACUCUGAAAAGCACAUUUGACCCCAUAGGUUAGGACAAUCCUACCAUGUUUCCCCGAAAAUAAGACCUAGCCGGACAAUCAGCUCUAGUGCGUCUUUUGGAGCAAAAAGUAACAUAAGACCCAGUCUUAUUUUACUAUAUAUAUGUAAUAUAAGACCGAGUCUUAUGUUAGUUUUUGCUCUAAAAGAUGCAUUAGAGCUUAUUGUCUGGCUAGGUCUUAUUUACAGGGGAACGGUACUGGGUCACCUCAUGAAGCUCCCUUAUAUCUGGGCCCCAGUGCUGUGUGCCAGACCAGGCUGGAGCAUGGGCAGGGUGGCGCCUUCCAGAGGUGCUCUCGGGUGUACCUGUAACAGCACCUGGACUCUAGGCUGGCUCCUGCCCAAGCCACCCCCACAUUCUCCCACACCUCUGGACUGAGGCCACCAAAGCCUUCAGCUGUUCUCCUCCCAAGAGCACAGGUGAGAAGGGUUCCUGGGCACGUGUAGUUCUUAGAAACCUUGCACCUGUGUGGGUCCAUGCCUGGGUGCAGUUUGUACGCAAGAGGCAAGGAUUUGGUGGUGUUUGUGAAGGGUAGCGUGAGUGCAGGGGGGCGGGAGGGAGGGCUAGGAAGGGCUAAGGACAUGCCAGGCUAAGGAACUGCCGAGAACAUGGUGCCAUCUGUGCUCAGAUGAGAUGGAAGCAGCAGACUGAACUGUGUCUGCAGCCCAGGAAAAGAAUGCCAGGCUUGAGAGACCAUGUGUGUGACCCGAGUGUGGCUCUCCAGCUCGGCAGCUACAUCCGCUCCUCUCAGCCUCCCCUCCACAUGACGCAGGGGGAGAGCAGACGGAUCGGCCAGGUAGUGGUGACGCUCCACUGUUGUGUGUUUCCAUGUGUUGUGGUCGUUUUCCUUCCUUUCUCUAAGGAUUUUCAGUGAGAGUGAACUGAGGCCGCUGGGACAGGCUGGCAGCACCAGGGGCUUCCCCUACAGCUCUGGAUGGGCAGCAGGGAACAAGACCCAACUGGCUGUCUCUGAAAGCAGCCCAGGCAGCAAACAGGGGACCACAGGGUCUUUGGCAGUUGGAGUUUCCCCAGGGCAAAGAGGAAAUUUGUAAACAGGAAGUUGUUGAGUCACAGGGUAAAGUGGCUGAGAGCAGACAGAUUGACCUACAAAAACAGAGGCCAGUGGGAACUGUGGCAGUGUGACUGCCAUGUGGUCUGGACCAGAGGACGGGCAGGAGACGGGGAAAGGGCCCAGAGGGUCAGGUCAGGAGGCGGAGGAGAGAAGGGCCGAGAGUGGCUGUGUAUCCACCUGGCCACCACAGCCUGUGCCUGUGGGGACGGGCUGAGCUGGGGUGGACAUCCAGCCUUCACCAGUCAGGCUGGGCACCCAUGGGGCCAUGUCUGGGCGUCUUUUCCCACUUCUCACUAGGCACUGCUUGGCCUGACUGUAGCCCCAAAACAGCAGACGCGAGUCCCAGAAGUCCCUUAGGGAAAACCCGCAAUUGUUGUCUUGGAUUGUCAAGUGCCCCGAUUCAGCUUUAGAAAGUAUUGUCUCUAGAAGAGGGUAAACGGGCUCUAAUGUAUGGUGAUGGAAAGAGAACUGACUCUGGGUGGUGAGCACACAAUGUGAGAUAUAGAGGAUGUAUACCUGAAAUCUAUGUAACUUUACUAACAGUUG